CGAAUGUUGACGUGCGUUGAACAAUGUGGAUAUCGUGGUGCGUUUUUGUCGUUAUGAUUUUCGAGGCGAAUUAUUCUCAGGUCAGUUCGUCGGUAACGGAUUUGCUGUCCGACAGCAUCGAGCUUUCGCUUAACAGUUGUCGGAGUCAGUUCAAAUGGGACCGCUGGAAUUGCCCGACGAUUCAGUUUCUCUCGAAGCGCGUUUCUGGGGCUUCUCUCGAUCGCGAAACUGCAUUCGUGCAUGCGAUUGGAACUGCAGCUAUUAUCUACACCUAUGCCAGAAAUUGCUCCCGAGGUCAGGACGUAGGCUGUGAGUGUGACAUUUUCGGUAGCGAUCAGUGUCGGGCGGAAAAACAACUUAGUCUGGAGUAUUUGGGAAGUUCGGAUUUCCGAUUGGAUCCCAAAGGCUACGGGAACGCACACAACCGUCGAGCAGGGUGGAUAGCGGUGCAGAAUGCAAUGCGAAAACACUGUCGGUGUCACGGAGUUUCCGGUUCAUGUGCUAUGCGAACCUGCUGGAGUUCCAUGCGUUCGUUUGCCGAAAUUGCCACCGGCGUGAAACAAAUGUAUUCUGGUGCCAAUCGACUGUUUGUGGACAACUCAGGGCACUUAAAUAGCAAAGAAAUACGAUUAGAUCGAUUGGCAUUCAUCAACGACUCCCCCGAUUAUUGUCGACGUGAAGCUGUUCCCGGUUGGCCUGGAAUGGCAAACCGGCAAUGUUCGGUGUCGGGACCCGGUUCCGACGCAAGUUCCCAGUCGCCCCGUCGCAAGGCAUGCCGCAACCUGUGCCGCCAAUGUGGUCUGAAGGUUCGAAAACAAACCCGUACGGAAAAACGAAAGUGCAACUGCCGCUUCAACUGGUGCUGUCAGGUUGUUUGCGACAGCUGCGUUGAACUGAUUGACGAGUAUCGAUGCUCCUCCUGAAUUUUCGCAGUGCGUUUAACAUAAAUUACAUACUAUAAUGUGAAGACAUUCAUUUCUACGAAAUAUAAUAUUGAAUAAAAUGA